CACAUCACACCAGGGAUGCAGACGCCACGACCCUGGGCCCCCAGCCUCCCGCUUGUCCUGCUCGGAAGCCUGCUGCUGGCCGCAGACCGGACUGCCGUGCGGAGCCAAGUCCAAUACGAGCAUGAAAGAGAAGCAUCCUACUGGGACGUGCAGGCCAAGGCAACAUUGGAUGCUGCAUUGAGACUCCGCCCUCGGGAGCACCAGGCCAAGAACAUCAUCCUGUUCCUCGGAGAUGGUAUGGGCGUGUCCACUGUGUCGGCUGCUCGAAUUCUGGAAGGUCAGAUGGAGGGCAACUCGGGGGAGGAGACAGUUCUGGCGAUGGACACCUUUCCAUAUGUGGCACUAUCCAAGACCUACAGUGUAGACAAGCAGGUAGCAGACAGCGCUAGCACGGCUACAGCCUACCACUGCGGCAUCAAAGCCAACGCCAAAACCAUCGGCCUGAGCGCCAGCGCCGUGGCCUACGAGUGUAACACCACGUUUGGAAAUGAGGUCUAUUCCGUCUUGCGACGCGCAAAGGCCAAAGGUAAAUCGGUCGGCAUUGUGACCACCACUCGGGUCCAGCACGCCUCACCAGCCGCUGCCUACGCCCACUCGGUUAGCCGCAGCUGGUACAGCGACGCUGAUCUUCCCAGCAGCGCCCGCCAUCAGGGGUGCGUGGACAUCGCUACCCAGCUCGUCACCAACGUUGACAUCGACGUGAUCCUGGGAGGAGGGAGGAUGUACAUGACCCCAAAGGGCACUUCGGACCCUGAGUACCCAACCUCCAACUCUCGCCGGGGUGACCGCAAAGACCGGAGGAACCUUAUAGACGUCUGGUUAAAGGCUAAACCGAACAAGAAUUCCCGCUACGUUUGGCACAGGAAGGACUUUGACGAGAUAAACGUUGAAACUACCGACCGACUCAUGGGUCUGUUUGAGCCGAAGGAUAUGAGAUUUGAGGUUUUUCGAAAUGUUACCAGAGACCCGUCCAUUGUGGAGAUGACCGAGAAAGCCAUUCAAAUCCUCAGCAAGAAUCCAAAUGGAUACUUCCUGUUUGUGGAAGGAGGGAGGAUCGAUCACGGCCACCAUGACGGCAUCGCCAAACUCGCCCUGACAGAGGCCGUCAUGUUGGACCGCGCCAUCGAGCGCGCCUCGCAGCUCACCCAGGAAUCAGAUACGUUGACUGUCGUCACGGCCGACCACUCUCACGUCUUCACCUUUGGAGGCAACACCCCUCGAGGAAAUCCCAUCUUCGGUCUCGCCCCCAAAAAAGCAGAUGACCAAAUGCCUUUCACCAGCAUCCUGUACGCCAACGGCCCUGGCUACGUGCACGUGAACGGGACCAGGGGGAACAUCACCAUGGUGGAUUACUAUGAUGAAGAGUACAUGCAGCAGGCCGCCGUCCCGCUUGACGCCGAGACACACGGUGGCGAAGAUGUCGCCAUUUACGCCAAAGGCCCCAUGGCUCAUCUCUUUCACGGGGUGAAGGAGCAAAACUACGUGGCGCACGUCAUGGCUUACGCAGCCUGCUUGGAACCCUACACAGACUGCCCCCCCCAAGCGUCCGCCGGACGCGUGUGCACGUCCUCCAAGCUCCUCUUUGGACUAAUGGGCCUCAUCUGGAUGUCCAGAUGACACCCGAGCACCCACAUGCGCCGUAGCCAUGUUAUGCAAUCCCCACCGCUACGCCGCACGGACUUGCACCCGCCAGCACACGUCAGGCGUGUGGAGCCAGACCGACCAAUGGCAGCAAACAUCCUGACAUCUCGUUUUGAAAUGCAGGCAGCUGCCUUGUGCAAAUACGCAAACAGGAACAACAAACAUUAUUUCCUGUCACUUCCAUUCAUCUUUUAUUUCUACAAAACUACAAACAUGCACAAAGUAGUUUGCUACUAGUAGUAUUAUAAUAAUAAUAAUUAGUAUUAUUAUUUACACAUGGAUCUGAGGCUCACACACCCAGAAUAAGUUGAAGGCUGCCAGGAGGCCCUUGAAGAGAAUGUUGUCUUUGAUGGCUUUAUUCACGUCGUAUCUGGACCUGGUUGACGUGACACCUUCCUGUUUGGUUGGCCAGCUUCCUGUCACUACUCUCGUUCACUCCCACGAAUGUAUUUCCUAUGCAAGACGCAUU